AAAUCACGCAAUUAAGGCGGGAGAACAAUGAACUAAUCACCCAUUUUCUCACAGUAUUAACACUAUUAUUUAUGUGUGUAAUGUAUAUACUCCUCACAGUCAACUUUUGUGCUAACUGAAAACCAAAAAACCCAACACAACACGCAUAAAAUUCUCUCCAUUUUCUGCUAGACAAUUUCUUCGUAACCCGCACGUAGCGGGAGUUUCGGUAUAUCAAGCCAUACUAUCAAUGGCGGAUCCAUACAGAACGAAUCUUCAUGCUUCUUCAUCGCUUGAUUCGGAAGAUAUGUCGUCAUUCUUUCUCAAUUUUCUUCAAGGUUCGUCAACAUCCGCUUCGGCUUCGGCUUCCGGUUCAGCUACUGGUUACUAUCACCGACCGGCACCUGUGCCGGUUGCUGAGUCCUCUUCUAGCCUUAAUUUCUCCGAUCCUAGCCGAUUUUAUUCUGCGGAAUUCAAAGAAGGCGUUGAGAAUGUGUUUGCUUCUACUGGCCUCGGGGAUUGUGACGGGAUGAAUUCGGAAAAUCGGAGAGAGUUUUUGGAAGAUGAUAAGGUUGAUAACUUCGGUUUCAGUAGUGAGGAAUGUGAUGGACUUGAUAUGCCAUCUAAUCAAACUCAUCCACGUUCCUCAAAGAGGAGUAGAUCUGCUGAAGUUCAUAAUCUGUCUGAGAAGACUGACAAGGCAUCUAUGCUUGAUGAAGCCAUUGAAUAUCUGAAGCAACUUCAGCUGCAAGUUCAGAUGCUUACCUUAAGGAAUGGAUUGAGUUUAUACCCGGGAUAUGUUCCUGGGUCUUUGCAGUCAAUGCCACUUCCAUCUGGUAAUGAAUUUGAUGGAAGAAGUUUUAUGCUGAGUACAAAUGGAGGAGCUACACUUCCUUUGAAUCGAGAAAUGCCGCAGACUGCAUUUGAAAUUUCCAAUCAGAAUCCAUCAGGCAAACCAACAAUAACCUCACAUAAUACAGAAAACGCUGUACCUUUAGAAACUACAAUUCAGAAUCAUUAUGGACUUCUUAACCAUUUAGCAUCUUCUAAGGACAUGUGCCGAGACAAUACACUAUCAAGAUUGCAUUUAGAUAUGAGUUGCUCUGGAAACAAUUCAUCAUCAGGAGUGUCGUCUUAACCAAAAUUUCAAAGGAUCAAAUACUCGAGGAGUUGGUGUAGAUGGAAUUAACUAUUGAUACUACGAAACUCCAAUUGUUUGUACAUCUCAUAAGUUAAAUAUUUGCUUCAUGGUCCUGAGAUACACUGAUCCUUAAUUGUUAUGCUCAAUUAGCAUGAACAGAACUGUGCUUUUGUAACAGUUGAAACUUGGACUUGACAAGAUAACUAGUGUUGACAAAAUAACCGUUCAAACUUCCUCAGA